UCUCUCUGAAAUCCCUCAGCCGCCCCCACACCCCUCGUUCUCUCCCCUCUCCGGCGACCACACCCUCCGCAGUAGCACCUCGGCGACGGCAGCGGCGGACCUGGCGACGGCUCUCCUCUCUGCGACGGUCCGAAAUUUCUGAUACACACUUCUUGUUGGUAUCAAGCCCAAUCCUUAUCGACCUCAGAUCUGUAGUGAUCCAGCCAUAAUCAAAGCUGUUUCAACAUGAGUCACUAGGUGCCUGUUGAUUAGAGUUUAGGAGCGUUGGGACCCUUGAAGGAAACCGGUCCAAUGCAAAUAGCUUGUCAACCCCAUCCUCGUUUUUACUUCUCUAUCAAAAGCAGCUCUAAACAACAUGAUGGAUGGAAGAAUGUGCAAAACUUGCAUUCAAGCAACCUUGUUAAACUUGUACUUAUGGGACCUCAGACUCGUAGAUUUGCUACGCCUCUGAGCAAAAAGAGAUUGCACGCAGUUCCAAAUGCAGAAGACGGGUGCCCUUCUGCCUCAAUGUCGGAAGACAUCAAUUCUAAUCAUGUGCUUAAUCCUAUAGGAGAGUUGUGGAAUAAAUGGUCACCUCCAAGAUAUCUAUGGAGGGGGCUAUCAGUUCUUUUUUUAACUGGGCAGGUCAUUAUGAGGACUUUAAAGGGUAAAAUCCAUUGGAGAAACACUCUCCAACAAUUAGAGAGAGUAGGGCCAAGAUCUGUAGGGGUUUGCCUUCUGACGUCUGCAUUUGUUGGCAUGGCCUUUACUAUCCAAUUUGUCAGAGAAUUCACUAGAUUAGGACUAAACCGAUCUGUUGGUGGCGUAUUAGCACUCGCAUUCUCGAGGGAGCUGAGUCCUGUGAUUACGUCUAUUGUGGUUGCAGGACGAAUUGGAAGUUCAUAUGCUGCAGAGUUGGGAACAAUGCAAGUCUCCGAGCAAACAGACACGUUAAGAGUCUUGGGUUCGAACCCCGUCGAUUAUCUCAUCACUCCAAGAGUGAUUGCAUCCUGCAUCGCUCUUCCAAUUCUAACUCUGAUGUGUUUCACUGUUGGGAUGGCAUCAAGUGCCCUUUUGGCUGACAGUGUUUAUGGUGUUAGCAUCAACAUUAUCUUUGAUUCAGCUCUGAGAGCUCUAAAACCAUGGGAUAUCGUUAGCGCGAUGAUCAAGUCACAGGUUUUUGGUGCUAUCAUAUCUAUUGUGAGCUGUGCGUGGGGUAUUACGACUUCCGGGGGCGCCAAGGGAGUCGGGGAGUCGACAACGUCGGCCGUAGUCAUCUCUCUUGUGGGCAUAUUUGUUGCUGAUUUCACACUUUCUUGUUUCUUCUUCCAGGGAGCAGGAGAUUCUUUAAAGAACUGUAUGUAAAUUUCAUUGAGCGCACUCAUACACUUUUUACAUUUUUCAGUGGUGAAAAGAGAAUUCCAAAAUCUGCUGUUUAUCUUUCA